ACUACUCCUACUUUAAUAUGAAAUAAAUAUAAAUUCAAACUCAAAACAAUAUGAUUGGAUAAUAUCAUAGUGUGACCUUGAAUUUCAUAGACUGGUGGGUCUGUUUAGACAAGCAUGCAGAACAAUCCCCGUUAAUUAACAUCCAUAUUUUUUUUUUAAAAAACUAUUUCUCCACAUAAUAAUGUCUUUAAGAUCUGUUAGUCAUUCAUUGAUUCGUAAUUUAAAACCUGUCAAUAAUAAUAACAUUUUUGUUGCUGCCCCCUGUUGUAUACGUACUUGUAAGUAAUAAUGAUAUAUAUCUAUGUAUAUGUUUUAAUAGAUUCUAUCAUAUGCAAUAUAGAUGCUACAGAAAAAAAAGCAGUCGUUCAUCCUCCUAGACGUACCUACCUUUAUAAUCAAUAUAAUGAGAUUGUAGAAAACAAUCAAGCUGUGUUUAUUUUCCAACACAGCAAUUUGGCAGUCAAGGAAUUCACUCAGAUUAGACAGCAAAUAAGUCAAAUAACAAAUCAAGCCAAGUUUACCGUCUUACGUACAGGCAUCUUUUCUGCGAUUUUACGUCAAACAAAAUAUGCCAAUUUAAAGCCCUUAAUAGCAGGACCUACUUGUGUUUUAUCUUUAAAUAAGGUUGAAGAUCCCAGUGCACUAAAAAAAUUAGUGGAGACAAUGUCCAAGAACAAAAAACUAUUGCUCUUGGGUGGUAAAUUAGAUGAUGUCUUGCUGACUCAAGAGGAUAUUUUAAAGAUAGUCGAUUUACCUCCUCUUAAUCAACUUCGAGCUCAAUUAGUAGGUACCAUUGAGGCUCCUGCACGUAAAUUAUUAGGCACUUUGGAGCAACCUGCUAGUGAAUUACAUAGUGUUUUGAGUAGAAGAAUUGAAUAAAAAAAAAAAAAAAAAAAA